CGGGUUUCCUGAAGUUUGGGUUGACUUUCAGAGAAUUAAUAGAGUUAUGGCCACUUCGAGUCCGGGACUGCGGGAAAUACGCGGACCCCUGCUCCCACCCAAGGCCCUGGUGGAGGAGAGCGAUGAGUGUCUGAUGGAAGACGUGGAGGACGAAGAUCCGGCGUUUGUCGAUGCCGAGGAGCUCUGCAGUGGGGGCCUAAAGGCUGGCAGCCUCCCUGGGUGCCUCCGAGUUGUAAUUGCUGAUGAAAACACUCAAGAGCAGUGUGAAGUGUUUGGACGUUUUCCAUUAACGGGUCCUUGGUGGCGAGUGAAGGUGCAAGUGAAGGCUGUGGGAUCCCGGAAAUAUCACGUUCAAGGAUUUCCGUCGUACUUUUUACAGUCUGAUAUGUCACCACCCAAUCAAAAAAGUAUCUGUUCCCUCUUUCUUAAAGACUGUGAGGUCUCCGGUGACACUAGAAAUAAGUUUUUAGCAUGGGUAAAUAACACAUUAGGCUAUAAAAACCUCAACUUUGAAAAUCUUAGGGAAACAAUGAGAAUGUUCAAAAAAGAACCUGGGAGGAAUGGUCAAAAACAGUCUACACGGACUGAACAGGAAGAGUCCCAACCAGAUCAUGAGAGGCGCCUUGCUGUGGAAAACACAAUUCCAUUUAUAAGUGUAAUGACAGCAUUGCAGUUUCCGAAGAUAAUGGAAUUCCUUCCAGUUCUUCUGCCUCGGCACUUUAAACAGCUCAUAAGCUCAGAUUCUAAAGAUGUGUUGGGAAAGAUAGAAGAGAUUUUAGGUACGCAUCCAUGGAAACUUGGAUUUAGUAAAAUAACCUACAGAGAACUGAAGCUUCUGCGAUGUGAGGCGAGUUGGACAGCGUUUUGUCAGUGCACGUCUCUUCUCCAGUUGAUGACUGAUUUAGAGAGGAAUGGAUUGAUAAUAUAUUCUAAACUGAAGCAGAUAUGUAGAGAGCAUGGGCACACGUAUGUAGAAGAAGCUGACUUGACUUCCCAGUUGUCGAACUGUAUGUCUUUUCAUGAUGUCUGGCAGUCUCUGCAGUUUUUGAAGGAUAUCGGUGUGGUGACAAAUAAGAAGACCUGUAUCUUUCCUUAUGACCUUUACCGGGCUGAAAGAGACAUUGCCUCUUUAAUAGGGGACUUGAUGAUGAGGCCUCCGUGGCGUUUGCACGUCGAUGUCAAAAAGGUGCUUGUGUCUCUUUAUACCAAAAGACCUGAGGGUUCAAGAAGUGACGAUACAUUGAAUGAAAGUAAACCUGAUGAAACAAGAUUAGAAACUUUGGAGGACAUUCUGAACACACAGGGCAGUGGUGACCAUCUCUUGGAUAAUGGUGAAAGUGAAGAUAAUGCAGAAAUAAGUCAAGGUCAGCUGGACCAGGAUCAGGUGGCUGCUCUGGAAAUGAUCUGCUCCAAUGCUGUGACGGUCAUAAGUGGGAAAGGUGGUUCUGGGAAGACCACAAUUGUUAGCCGUCUCUUUAAGCAUGUAGAGGUCUUGGAAGAAAGCGAAGUAAAAAAAGCUUGUGAGGACUUUGAACAAGACCAGGAUGUGCCAGCAGAGUGGAUUACCUUCAGCCAGCAAAGUCCACCAAAGUCAGACAAGGCUAUCGAAGUUUUACUUACUGCACCUACGGGGAAAGCAGCUGGUUUGCUGAGAGAGAAGACUGGUUUUAGUGCUUACACACUGUGUCAGGUCAAUUAUAGCUUCUAUUCAUGGAAGAAAAAAACGGACAUGAGCAAUCCAUGGAAAUUUUCUUCAGUUAGAGUUCUAGUUGUGGAUGAAGGGAGUUUGGUGUCUGUGGGAGUCUUCAAAUCUGUUUUAAAUUUAUUGCUUGAGCACUCCAAACUUUCUAAGCUUAUUAUUCUUGGUGAUAUUAGACAGUUACCCAGCAUUGAACCUGGUAACUUGCUGGAAGAUCUUUUUGACACUCUUAAGUCAAGAAAGUGUGCUAUUGAACUGAAGACAAACCACAGAGCAGAAUCUGAGCUAAUUGUGGACAAUGCUACAAGAAUCUCAAACCGCCAAUUUCCAAAAUUUGAUGCAGAGCUGAAUAUCUCUGAUGAUCCAACAUUCCCUGUCUCAGUACAAGAUAAAACAUUUAUUUUUGUGAGACUCCCAGAAGAGGAUGCUAGUUCUCAGUUAUCAGAAAAUAAUCAUCAAUCUUAUUUAUAUUCUGCCGUGAGUACUUUACUCAAAGAAAAUGACCUACAGCGUGCAGAGACAUCACAAUUUAUUGCAUUUAGAAGGCAAGACUGCGACGUCAUCAACGUCUGCUGCGGCAGGCACUACACGGGCCACCUGAUCAAAGACCAUCAGAAGAGACUUAUAUUUGGAAUUGGUGAUAAAAUUUGUUGUACCAAGAAUGCGUAUCUCUCGGAUUUACUGCCUGAGAAUACCUUCAACAGUCUGCAAAAUAAUGAACUAGGGGCCAGUGGUGAGGACUUUAAUUGGACUCCUCAUGAUGUUGCUAAAAAUAAACACGACUUUGAGAGUGGUAUUCGACUCUGCAAUGGAGAAGUAUUUUUCAUAACAAAUGAUAAAACGGAUAUAACUGCUGGAAAGAAAAGAUAUUUGACCAUUAAUAAUAUGGCCGGCUUGGAAGUAACUGUGGAUUUUGGGAAACUGAUGAAACACUGUCGCAUAAGACAUGCAUGGGCAAGAACUAUUCACACAUUUCAGGGGUCUGAGGAGCAGACCGUGGUCUAUGUGGUCGGGAGGGCGGGCCGCCAGCACUGGCAGCACGUCUACACCGCGGUGACCAGGGGCCGCAGCAGAGUGUACGUCAUCGCGGAAGAGUCUCAUCUCCGGAACGCAAUUUCGAGGAAGAGUGUCCGCAGAAGAACUCGUUUGAAACAGUUUUUGCAAAAUGAGCUCUCCAUGAGCUGUGCAUCUCCAGCAGAUUGUGCAUCUCCGUCACAGAGCUCCAGAAACAGCAGGGGACCCAGCACACCGCCCUCAGCGUCACCACUCCCGAUGGACCCAGCUGAUGCUGGGACAAACGAUUUCCCCAGAAGCCAGGCCUCUGCAGUGGGUGACCAGAUGCCUGCCUUUGCUGGAAGAUGGAAAUUUUCUUUCCCUGAUGAAGCAGAUACAGAUGAAGACCCAUCCAAAUCACGAGGGUUCAAAAGAAGCAGUGUUGUGAAUGAAGAUGAAAGCCCAAACAAAAUUCUUAUGAUGGAGGAAUCGUCUCCACAAGUGUCUUCCAAACUUCAGAACUUGAAACUAAACAGUUUGACCCCCAGGCAACUUUUCAAACCCACAAGUAAUCAAGAAACUUAAUUUUCCUUCUGAUUAUUCAAAAUAAUUGUCUAUUUUUUCCAUUCAACGCAAAGUGGACAUCAUAACUUCAGGAUAAAGAGGAUAAAAGAGUAUCAGGAUAAAAGAGGAUGCCUGUAAUGGGAGUUUUAUUUUAAGGUGUUUGUAUUACAGAUGUUUUAAACUCAUUCGAUCAAAGAAAACCUUGAUGAUGUCAAUGUCUGUCAUGAGAACAGGCAGCAAUGGGCAUAAAUGAGAGAAAACGGUGUCAUAUCUGUACUUUAUGAAGAGUUUUAUUUUUAGGGUAAUGCCUUAUUAACUUCCGUGAUCACUGUGUGACCUUCGCCAAGGGGUGACGUGUGGCAAUGAGGAACUGCAACUGCGUCUCUCACUGACACCAGUGUCAGGUGUCACGUCUUCUGUGAAGGGAUCACCUCCCAAGGCUGCCGUUUGUCCCUCACUACUGUCAGGCUCUACCUCACCUGGGGCUGUUCCCGGGAACUCCGGAACUUGAGAAGUAACUGAUGUGUAACAUUGUCUGAGUUGAAGGUGUAUGAAACUCACCUCUUGCAUUAUGACGACCACUGUAACAUUACCUAACACCUCCAUCGUGUCACGUGAUUGUCACUGCGGGGGGUGCGGGGGCACGUUGCUCUGAAGAUACUCUAUUUUGGAAAAGUUUUUUCUCAGAGUGAUUUCUAUUUUUUUAAUGUUUUAUUUAUUGUUAAAUGGUAGAAGAAAUAGUUAAGAGGGAAGAUUUACCUGAUACUCUGAUGUUUUAAAAAUUGCAUUAUGGAGAUAUAAUUCAUAUACAAUUCACCCAUUUGCACAGCUGAGUAGCUUUUAGUAUAUUCACAGUUGUAAUACCAAUACCACAAUCAAUUUUAGAAUAUUUUUAUAUGAUCACCUAAAGAACUCUUGCCCCUUUCAGCUCUAAUACCUUCCUACCCGCUAGCCCUGGGCAACUGGUAAUCUACUUUGUCUCUGCCCUUUAUUAUGAUGUCUUUGAUUUAGCAUGAUAUUUUCAGAUUUCAUCCAUGUCGUAGCAUGUAUCUACCAGUGCAUCUUUCUUUUUUAAAAAAAAUAAAAGAUUAAAAACAA